UCCGUCCAGCCGUCCCCUCCGCUCCCCUCCUCCUCCUGUGCCACUUAGCUUCCCUGUUCCAGCUGUUCCUCUCACCAUGACCACGGCGCUCCCCGAGACCCUGGCCCAUCUCUGAGCCCUGGAACCCUCGGACUCCUCCCUAGGCCAUGGCCAACUCAGGCCUCCAGCUGCUGGGCUACUUCCUAGCCCUGGGUGGCUGGGUGGGCAUCAUCGCCAGCACCGCCCUGCCCCAGUGGAAGCAGUCCUCCUAUGCCGGCGAUGCCAUCAUCACGGCCGUGGGCCUCUACGAAGGGCUGUGGAUGUCUUGCGCCUCUCAGAGCACCGGGCAGGUGCAAUGCAAGCUCUAUGAUUCGCUUCUGGCCCUGGACGGUCAUAUCCAGUCAGCGAGAGCCCUGAUGGUAGUGGCAGUGCUGCUGGGCUUUGUGGCCAUGGUGCUCAGUGUCGUGGGCAUGAAGUGUACGCGGGUUGGAGACAGUAACCCCAUCGCCAAGGGCCGUGUGGCCAUCUCCGGGGGUGCCCUCUUCCUCUUGGCGGGUCUCUGUACUUUGACCGCUGUCUCAUGGUAUGCUACCCUGGUAACCCAGGAAUUCUUCAACCCCAGCACGCCUAUCAACGCCAGGUAUGAAUUUGGCCCAGCUCUGUUCGUCGGCUGGGCCUCUGCUGGCCUGGCCAUGCUGGGGGGCUCCUUUCUUUGCUGCACAUGCCCAGAGCCCGAGAGAGCCAACAGCAUCCCACAGCCCUAUCGCUCUGGACCCUCAACUGCUGCCCGAGAGUACGUCUGAGUCUGCCUGCCCUGCCCAGCCCAUCUGCCUAGCCACCCUCUUGCCUAGAACUCCAGCCAGCUACGUGAUACCCUAGGCAAGGGUAGGUAGGGGUACAGACCCCUUGAACUCUGUCUGGAGCUCCAAGCAUCCGGUCCUCAACAUGGGCUCUGAGUCACAGACUCAGAUGCUCAAAGAGAUCAGAAGCAAGACCCAGCCAACACAUGUCAUCCAGUAAGACCCAGUCUGUUCUGUCUGCACCAGAAUGAGUACACAGGGUCUUAUACACUAGCUUAGCCCCUGGCUGGCGCCCAAUGUGGGGCAAGAGUUCCACCUAAAACCUGAAAAAACUUCAUCUGUGUACUUACUUACUGAAGGGGCCACCUGCCCACUAUACGCUGGGCCCUGAAGAUCCCAGAGCAACAGAAGGAUCUCAGCUCAUCACACUUUGGUCCAGAGAGCCCUUCAUACUCCAUCCAGCAGCUCCUCACAGCAACCAUAUAAAGGGAAUUCUCUAGGCUAAGGACUGUCUCCACCUCACACACAAGGACACUGAGCUUCAGAGAGACCUGGAAGCAUGAGUCUCCUGUCUGUAAGAGCAGGCCUCAGGCUCUAGCAGUUAGUUGCCCAACAUUGUUUGGGUGUCCAUACAGGUCACGAGGUCAGACUGUCUCACUCUUGUCCCCAGGAAUGGACACUAGGCAGGGCUGCCAUAAGAAUCUUGUGCCUGGGCCUGACUCCACAGCCCUUGUCUCCAUCACCUUCGCUCAUUCCACUAACCAGCUUUCUCUCUUUUGACUUGCAGACCUGUUGUUAAAUUGCCCGCCUCCAUCAAGGGCCCCCUGGGUGUGUAAAGUCCGGGUUCCCAGCCAGGCCCUCCCCACUACUACAUCUAGAUGGUGUGUUUGGUAUUUUUUGGAAAGAGAAGUGAACAUUCAGCCCCAAGUGUGAUGUCAUCCUAUCUAUUCCCACGCGUCUAGGGCGGGGCCUGGACUAGAGAGGUCAGAGCCAGCUCCUAAGGUUAUUGCGGUGGGUUCCGGGACACAGGCAGAGCAAGCAGGAAGCCCUGGGGUUCCUGCUUUGUAUCUCUGCCUGCCCCACCUUGGAGUUUGGACCAGGACUUCCAUGAGGAGAAAACACAGCUACUCCUAGAGACCACCUAAAGCCUGGCCUAGUAAGGGUGCAGGACCUCAGGGUGAGGGAGCCCCUGGCAUGGAGACCAUCCCAUAGGUAGAAUGUUCUAGGCCCUCCCUGGGAGUCCUCCUGAGGAAAAGGACAGUCUCUGUAAGGUCCAACUAGUGACUGGGUCCCAGUCGAGUGAGGGGACACUGUAGGAGCUCCCUCAGUGAAGAAGGGGAUGGAGAGGGACAUCACAUCAGGGCUGUGCUGCACCGACUCCAAAGCCCUCGGUCUCAGCUCUCACCCUAAUCCUACAGUGAUUGUCAGAGCUUCCUUGUCCUGAAGUGCAGCCAGGCGACACGGGCUUUGGGUCUUGAAGUCUGGGUCUGACCUUCUAGAAGAGGUAAAGUCCUUGAGGAAUGGAGGGAAACCAAGAUCAGCAACAUCCUUCAUCCUCAGUGCCCAUCCAGACUGUGCUGGCCCCUGCCUUCACCCUCAGGCUUCUGCCACUCAAGCCUCUCCCUGGCCUCCAGGUCUGUCCCUCUCCCAUGUGCCUUCCUGGGUAGGCAGCGAGACCCCGCCGGCUUCUUCCACUUCUGGUCUGUGACCAUAUCUCCCACCAAGUUACUGAAUCCCCAGAGCCUUCGUAGCUUCUUGUUCAAGACCGUGCAGUCUUGGGGUGCAAAGAUCAAAACACUGCAGCCGACAGUGGCAUGGGAGGAGGGAAGCAGGUGACGGACAGCUGCUAUGGUCAGAUAAUGACUUACCUGCUAAAUUGCUGACCGAUGAAUCUUCUGAUGGAUGGGAGCCGUCAACCCCCGUGGAAGCCUCUGAUCCUAAACAGGUUUCCCGAAGGAAGCCCCUUGGGCAGUGAGAAGCGCAGAAGAGUCCUCUCUGAGUGCCUGAAGCCACCAGGUGGUUCUUGGUCUUAGGUGCACAUUGGAGUCUCUUAGAAGGGAAUGCCCAGCCUCCACCCAGACACAAAGAUUUAGUUGGUCUGGUGGACCCAGGCAUCAGAAUUCACACAGUUCCUUUGCAGUGUGUGGUUCAUACUAGGGGUACCUCCUUGAGGCCUACAUCCAGACUAGCAGACUGAUCUCUAGAGGGCAGAAUGAGCCUACCAGAAGAGGGUGGGGGAGAGGCAAGACCAGAAAGGAAGUCUCAUCCACCUCCUGCCUUUCCGGAGUCCAGAUCCCUGGAGGAGACACCCACAUCCUUCCCAUCAGUGCCCCUUUGUGCUUAAUGAUUCCGACUUGAAUCCUGUCACACAAAGCCUGACUAACACAGAGUUUGAAACCUAUGAACCAAGUGUGACACAGAUGUCCCCUCCCCAGGCCUGGUACUCAGCAGCAUUUGGUUGUGAAGCCGGCAGGAAGCUUUGUGUCCCCCUCUUAAGAGUCUGAGGGCUAGGAGGCUCAAAAGCUGGUGGGGGGGAAUUGGGAGGCAGAAAGUACUGGCUACAUCUUGUGGUUGUCAGGGGCAGGCUGUGGGAGAAGAGGGCUCCAUGCCAGGACUGCACCUAGAAGGAGGCUGGCAUUAUGUGUUCCUCCAUUAAAGGAAGUCCCAUUCUUAUCAGCACUGGGGACUGGAAGGGCAGAGGGUCACACACCUUAAUGAACUACACAACCAGUUUACACAGUGAUUAAAACCGUGAGGUCCUGGGGGUGGGAAGGAAGUGUGUGCGAGAAACUGAAGGAGUUUCAAGCUAAAAGUUUGAGGAAUGUGAUCUCCCAGGCAUCUCCUCAGGUGACCUCAUCCAGAUGUCCAGUUAAGGCCCGAGGCUUUCUGUCCAGUCUCUUGUGUUCUGUUCUGAUCUCAAGGCUGAGGGAUCCGGCAGAGACUGGAGAAGAGGAGCUCAGAUACGAGGGAAUGGUUCUAAAGCUAUUGUCAUCGCGUUUGGGUAAACAGAAUCCCAGAAGUGAAGUCGGCAAGUUAUACAUUUAAGGACCAUACCUAUGCGUUCGGUUCCUAAAGUCCCAGACCCUGGGGGAGCAGGACCAGGAAGCUACAGGCUGAGAAGAACCUUGAAAAACAAGGAUAUGGCAGAUGGCCAUGAGACAAUUUCAAGAAGUUAUUAUUUUGUGCUACAUAAUACUGUUACUUUGUGUGAUGAUGACACUGAGUGUAGGCUAUAUUUUUUUUUUAAUUUUUUGAUCCUUAUCUGGUAGAGGUACAGCUGAAGCAAUGGCUGGAUUUGCUUUAACGUCUCUUAGAACAAGUUCAUGGGCAAGGAAAGCUAUGACAUUGGGAAGCGCCAUCCCCUGACGGGGCCCUCUACCCCUCUCUUUGUAUGUUAGCUAAUGAAAGAAAAAUAAGAAAUAAAAAGUUAGAAAAGAACUCCAGUGUUUGCUGGCUGCAUCCGUCGCCAUCCUCACCCUGACCAAGGAAUAAAGCCAGAGCACUCUCACAGCA